AUGAGUCGGUUUGGGCAUGGGGAUGUGAUUGCUUGUGCUGUGAAUCUUGAGGAGAAGCCGUUGGCUUCGAUUGGAUUUCCGGAGAACGGGAGGAGUUUUGGUACGGCGGUGAGGUUUGAUGCCGGUGGAUUGGGUGUUGGGGCGGCGGAGGGCGAAGCGAGGAAGUUGGGAUGGGAAUGUGGGGUGUUUCCUCAUGUUUUGUUGAAGAAUGUUGGGGUGGAGAUGAUGUUUGGUGUCGAAGAUGGAUUGGUGCCGGAAGAGGGGUUCAGGGCUUGGGAGUGUGCUGUUGAGGAUGGGAAUUUGGUUAUGGGACCGGCUGUUGGGGUUCAUAUUAUUUGGUCUAGAUACUUAACAUUUGCGUGCUUUUCUUUUUAACAGAUUGAUGUUG